AUGCUCGCCCAGCGCCAGGCCGCGGCCAGGCCCGCAUUCUCUGCUGCGGGGCGCCCCGCACGCGCCUGCGUCAGCAGGACCGCCGCUGCUGGCUCCCGCGCACGCGCCGUGGCCGUGCGCGCCGAGAUCAGCUAUGUGAUGGUGAAGCCUGAUGGCGUGCAGCGCGGCCUGGUGGGCGAGAUCAUCGGCCGCUUCGAGCGCAAGGGCUUCAAGCUCCGCGCGCUCAAGCUCUACCAGACCCCCCAGGAGGUGGCGGAGGAGCACUACAAGGACCUGUCGUCCAAGCCCUUCUACAAGGACCUCGUGCAGUACAUCCUCUCGGGGCCCGUCGUGUCCAUGGUGUGGGAGGGCGACGGCGUGGUCGCGUCCGCGCGCAAGCUCAUCGGCGCCACCAACCCCCUGGCCUCGGAGCCCGGGACCAUCCGCGGCGACUUUGCCAUCCAGGUGGGCCGCAACGUCAUCCACGGCAGCGACAGCCCCGACAACGGCGACCGCGAGACCGCGGCGCAUGCUCUCGCGGCCAGGCGUGCGCUCACGACCGCCCGCCGCCGCGCGCUCGCGUGCGCUCGUGACCGCGCGUUCCCCGCAGCCCUGUGGUUCCCCGAGGGCCUUGUCGCUUGGGACCAGACCAUCAGCCCCUGGCUCAAGGAGUAA